AUGAAAUCCAUUUGCAUUCUGCUUAUAUUUGGACUGAUCAGUGCUGCUAGCACCUAUAAAUGUUUAAAACAGUUCACAAAAUAUAUACAGUUUCAUAUGGUCAUAUACAUGUGCAGUGCUGCUGAUAAUCCAAAUUGUGGAGACCCAUUCAUGGCAUCGGGUAUGACUGGUGCCCAAAUAAUAGAAGCAUCCGAAGGUCAAGUGUGCAACAAAGCGAGAAGUGGUGAUAUCGUUGUUCGUGGAGUAUUACCAACUACAGGAUGUGUUGGUGGUCCAAAUGGAUGUAGAACAGCGACUCAAGGAGGUAUUACGGCUACUCUAUGUUGUUGUACAUCGGAUCUUUGUAAUGGUAUAUCGAUGGUCCGAAACCAGCCACUCCUUCUCUUCAUUACUAUAUGUAUUAUCGCUAUUCUUACACAUCGAUGGUUUUAAUAUUACAUAAACUUUUGUUUUGCUCAUUGAUGAGAUAAUCCUGCAACUGCUAUUCUUUUUUGCUUCCUAUUGCUUUCAUAGUUUCUAUUUAAUAAUAAAAUAAAAUCCCUUAUCCUAUGUAUUACUAAUGUAUUGAUGAAGUUUUGAAGAAUUGAACAGGUAUAUUUAGCGUAAUAUAAGAAAUACAAUCAUAAUCGAUAAGAAGUCAAAGAUGAUAU